AUGGCCCUUCUACUCAUGGUUGUGUGGCCAGCCGAAGGCCGCUACAACCUGGAUCUUACUUCUCAAGAAUCCAUCAAGUCUGUUGCAUCAAGCAUGGCUGAGGAUAUGAUGUCCUUCUACGAUGGCAAUGAGCCGGGCCAAACUCCAGGCCUGCUUCCAAAACCGUACUACUGGUGGGAGGGCGGAGCCCUCAUGGGCGCACUCGUCGAUUACUGGUAUUACACCGGAGACGCCAGGUGGAACCAGAUCACCCAACAGGGCCUGCUGUUCCAGGUUGGUCCCGACGAUGACUACAUGCCACCGAAUCAGACAAUGACCGAGGGGAAUGAUGACCAGGGAUUCUGGGGCAUGGCCGUCCUCUCCGCUGCCGAGUACAACUUCCCCAACCCCCCGGCCUCCAGACCCCAGUGGCUGGCUCUGGCACAGAACGUGUUCAAUUCGCAGGCCGUGCGGUGGAACACUGCCCAGUGUGGCGGUGGGCUGCGGUGGCAGAUCUUUGUGUGGAACAACGGCUACCUGUACAAGAACAGCAUUUCCCAGGCUUGCUUCUUCAACAUGGCAAGCCGCUUGGCCCUGUACACGGGCAAUCACACGUACGCGGUGUGGGCGAAUCGCAUCUGGGACUGGAUGGUCGAUGUCAAGUUCCUGCACGAAGACUCGUACUACAUUUACGACGGCGCAGCGGUUCAGACCAACUGUACCGAGGUCGUACCGUACCAGUGGACAUACAAUGCGGGAGCGUUCCUGCACGGCGCCGCGGCCAUGUACAACUAUACAGCUGGCACCGACCCGGUCUUGGGUGAGCUUUGGCGCUCGAGGGUCAACGGCCUGAUAACCGGGUUGAAGGUCUUCUUCAUCGGCCAAGACUCGGACAUCAUGACUGAGGUUGCCUGCGAGGGCGUCCAGCUCUGUGACAACGACGAGCAGAGCUUCAAGGCAUACCUUGCCCGUUGGAUGGCUGCAACGACCAAGUGGGCGCCAUGGACGUACAGCACUAUCAAGCCGUUGCUGGAGGCAUCAGCUAUGGCUGCGGCCGCCCAGUGUACGGGCGGGGCCAACGGCCGAAUGUGCGGGCUCAGGUGGGCCAACAACAGCGGGGAGUGGGACGGGACCACGGGCGUGGGACAGCAGAUGGCCGCGAUGGAGGUCGUAUUGGGGACUAUGAUCCAGACCACGGGCGCGCCUGUGACGAAUUCAUCAGGUGGCACGAGCCCUGGAAAUGCCGGCUCGGGACAGCCUGGUGCAAACCGGAUGAACGCCCUCUCAUCGCUCGACUUGAUCAGGCCGAUAUCAAAGGCGGAUGUGGCCGGGGCCUACCUGCUCACAAUCCUGGUGGUUUUGUCACUCCUGGGAGGUAUGACAUUUAUGUUCCAAGAUGAGGAGGAGGGCAGGACGUUUGGGGAGAGAUGGAAGACUCUGCAAGACGACUUGAAGUCCGGAAGGAACUUGAGACCUGCAGGGGAGAAGAUUCCGACUAGUGACGGACGGCAAAACAGAGACGACGGCUUCGAAGAUGUCAACCUGAACGACCCAUCAACCCCUGCUCCGAGAGCUAACGCUGAGAAGAAGUCGUCGCUGGUAUACUCCGUCUCCUUUUAUGGCAGCGAAGGAGUGCGGCCCUCGCUGGCCCUGUCACAAGCAGACGGCUACCCAGACGAGCAACCGUGGAGGAGAGCACCUCGCCCAGGGGACUACGCCGGCGCCUUGGACCCCAGCCGUGGAAACGGUGCUGGGUUUGGCAUCCUCGAGCCACCGAUGGAAGAUGUGCCCUUGGGUCCUCCAGCAACUAGCAACCGGCCUGAUGCGUCUGGGAGAAUCAAGCGCUGGAGCGACAUCAAUACCGGACGCACUGUGACUGAGAGUAAUCUGAGGCUGUAG